AGGUGUGUUAGCAGGAUGUCUACAAAUCAGACAGCCGCUCGUCCCUCGGUCCCAGUGUUUUGGUGCAUAGAGAGAAAACAAAUAGUAUCUGCAAUGUAUUUGAAACUAAAAGGGUACUGCUUGGGUGUUCCACUUUUAUACACCUUAUCGACAAUAAACCUGUCUUCUUUAGUCCGGUGUGAGCUCACAGCUCACUCCCUCCAGCCAACCUCUCGGUCGGCUCCUCACAAUGUCGGGAGCGGUGUUUUAACGACCAGAGUCCCCGGCGACCCCUCCACCAGAGCGGCCAGGCACUUGGCCUACUUCAGCGGCCCAAGGCGCCAGAACCUUGAAGACGAUGACCGGACAACGACGAGGCUCCCCGGACCCGGGUCAAAGCGGGGAAUUGGAGCCAAAAUGGCGUCGUCUUCAAGUUUAGCACCCCGCUACAAACGCUCGCAAACGGAGGGAGAAAGGCCGUUUACUUCUCACGAGGUUCUGGAUGGGAGCUGCAGCAGGGGAACCAUCAGACGUGUAGUUCCCGGGAAGUUUUACGUCACCGGUCAGCUGGAAGCAAACCCCCGACAUGGAGGCUACCGGUCAGAUUCUGCUGCUACAGUCCAGACUCAGGACAGCCGGGCGAGCGGCGCCAGUCAGCAUGCUGGUGGCUCUGAGGAGAGCUGGCGUAAGCUGGAGCCGUCGGUGGAGUGUGGAGAUGACGCCAUGACCCUGACUGUGAGGAGGAAACGAGCCGCACAGCUGCUGCUGGACCACGUGAACGGCUCAUCGACGCCCCUGCUCCAUCUGCCUCAGCAGUGUGGCUACUCUGUUCAAAGCUCCUGGAAAGACCUCACUCUGACGGCUCAGUAUGACGCCUGCCACGUCGUUCGAGAGGAUGAUUGCUAUGUGUUGCCUCUGCUGUGGAGGGGGAUUCCCGUCAAGGUCUCCUGCCCGGUCUCCCGGCUCCACCUUGGAGGCGAGGGGCCGUCCUCACUCUGCUGCUCCCCCAACGGCAUGACGGUGAAACUCAGAGGACCGUCUGCUGUGGAGAACCCGCAUAUAAACGUUCGGGGUGAAUGGACUCCUCUGGGGCUGUUGGCUGAACAGUGUGGUUACACUGUGAACAGACUGGCUGCAGAGACGGCCGUCGCCAUGCCGUUCAUCACUUGUGGUAUAACUGUAAAGGAUGGAAAAAACACACUUCUGCUUAAAUUAGGGGAGGAGAUCUUCAUGUUGGCUUGUCCUAACUCUGCUUUUGGAGAAGUCUCAGCCGCCCAUUGGCCUCUGGCUGACAGCCCCACGGAUUUCACCAGAAAGCUACCAAAACCAAAGCUCGAGUCCCUCAGGCAUUUAGCGUUUAUGCCGCCUUUCUACUUGGCUCCACCUUACUAUCCUCACCCAACAUAUCACCAUAGUUACUCUGAAAAUAAAGAACAGGACACCCACAGCCCUCCUACUCCUCUUUCUGUGGCUCCGAUGGCUGACUUUAGUUCCCAGCUGAACUCGCAAGACCAUUACUUCCUGUCUCUUAAAGAUGUACAGGAAAACUUUAUGACCCAAAAGCCCCUUUCAUCUAAAGAAAAGUUGUCUAGUUUGGGUUCAUUACAUAAAGACCAAAAGCAGAACCAAGUUGCUCCUCUCUUGGAUGUCUCAAUGAAUAGUUUCUCCCCUACAGCUCUGCCGGUUCAGGUGGAAGCUCCUCAUUCCCACCAUCCCAGCCAUGAUUUUAGCUCCCAUUACCACUACCACCAUCACCCAAAGAUCCCUGCUCCAGGCACACCUCAGGGCCCAGGUCCGGGUCUUCCUGGAUCACAAACCUCUUCCGAUUCUCCAAACCAUCAACCUCCAUCCGAGCAGCUUGAGGGUCUGAAAGGGGGACCAACCUGGAUUUCUUCACCUGUAGACGCCCAAAGGACGAACAAAGUGACAGCAGUUCACUCACCUUACUUUACUCAUCGCUUUCCUUUCUACUAUUACUACCCACAUGUUGUAAAGGGUGACAUGAAAAGACUGGGGCUUUCCCAUCUAGAUUGGACUGCAAAGACAAACGCGUCUUCAUUAUCCUUAAAUCCUGAAACGCAGAGUAUUAAUCCAGAGCCAGAAAAGGAAAAAGCAGAUGUUCGGCCCAGUUCGAAACCAAAGCUAGAAGACAAAGACGACAAACGUUCUACCUCCGUGUCUCCAGCCCCAGAAAGACCAGAUCCCAUCGCAGUUCCUCCUGACAAACCAGUGUUCCCCACUGCAGGAUUCACGUAUAACGCAGAUCCCUACAAGUACUACUACCAUCCAUACUAUAACUACUACCUGAAGUAUUACGCACCAGAAGCGUUGCGUGGCGUCUACAACCAUCUGGGUCGAGCUUUGUCAGAUUCCUUGUCGGUACAACAACCUUCCCACUUGAGAUAUCAAACCAGUCCUCCUCCCUCUGAACCAGGGUACGACAUUUCUAGCAGACUGACGUUCCCUUACUACUAUUACUACCACUACUACCUGCCUCAGCUGUUCAGAUACUACCAGCAGCUCCACCUUCCAGGAGGUAAAGACUCAGAUAAAGACUCUACAUCUCUGCUUUCCCCAAAUGUGGAUUAUAGUGACCUGCAGAGGUUUUCUCGUGCUUCUGACGGCUGUCAUUCCAGCGCCUUCAGUCCAGCUUACUCCAACUAUAUUGCUUGGCACCGCAGUGGGUUUAAAGAGAAGCUGGGUGACUACAUGAGAGCCCCACCUGCUCCCUCCUCUGAGGACAGGAAGGCUCCCUGCAGGCUGCAGAAGCUUUCCUCAGAUCCAGACGUCCACGUUGCUCCCCCGGAUGGCUGCGAACGUAUGCCUGGUCAGACCGUGGUCCAUCAGGCAGAAGUUCACGGCCUCCUGUCGGACAGAGGUUUCUUCCCUGUAAGGCUGAUGGUGGGAUGCGGCGCCCCCUCUGGUCCAGGUGACAUCAGGCCCUCCGCUGAGCCGCCGCCGUCUGCCGUCACCGUCGUUCUGAGGAUAGCAACCGAUGCGUCCUUCUCCAGCUUCCACCCCAAAGCUCGGCUGCCCAUCAGCCUCCUGCAGGGUGACUCUGUCCAUGUGGAGCUCAGCCUGCUGCAGCCGGCAGACCCCUCCCUGCUGCUCCUGCUUCACUCCUGCCUGGCUUACACUUUGACCCCGCAUGUCUACUGGAUGCUGUUUUAUGACCGCUGUAGCAGCCAGAGUGUGUCGCAGCUGCUUCCUUCCCCUGACCCUCGGCACAUCUGGAGGAUUAAAGUUUCCAGCUUCCCCUCCCUGCCUCCAGCAGGCUACACCUACAGGGCUCCUGGGAGGCCAGCUGCAUCGGAGGACCCAGAGGUUUACUUCCUGUGCCACACAGAACUGUGCUCAGCUGUCUAUGGUGACUGUGGUGUGAGCUGCAACAACGUCUCUGGAUCACUUGCCCUCAUGAUGAAAGUCUGUCUGGACCAAGCAUGACGGAUUAUUUUGAUGAAACACCA